CCCAUCUCUACUUACAAGCUUUCUAUAUCUCUGUUAUAUCUGCUACCUAUCUAUUGUUCAAAUUAGAAAUGUGUGCUUUUCUGGGGUUUGUCCAACUCCAAUAUAUUGUAUGUUUAAUUUAAUUAUUGAUAGUAUCAAACUGAUAAUUGGGCUAUUUUUAUUAUUAAUGUUCAGAUUCUUGGGUUAUGUUUGUUUACAAUGAUUAUAAUCUUUAGACUAUUAUUGAUUAAUGAUUACUGUAUAGUUCAUUUUCGGGGAAGGUUAAUCGCAUUUUUUCCCAAGGUGGUAUUAUAUCCGGGGAAAUGAACUUCAAAUUGGCUGACAUUUGAAGAACAAUUUUGCAGUGAUUAUGAAAUAAAUAUCGCUUUAAGUUGUAUACUGUGACCGCAAGAUAGGAACGUCUUUUUGUCAAUGUAGAAGAGCUGAAAAUGUAAACUCUGAAUUGAUGUCAUUUCAGUUAAUAAUUUGUCGGAGUAGUAUUAUUCGCUUAAUAUUUUGUUUGCUGGAUUUAAUUAAUUUACUUCAGACUUGAGAUUGGUGGUGGGUUUUUCUAAUGGGAUAGAGGGGUAUUAACUUGUAUGUGGUCUACAGUUGGACAUGUUGCAGCACAGCGUAAAAAGAAACAUGCAGUUUCAAUCGGAAAGGAACGAAGAGAAGCGCUUGUGCGAACCAAGCGACUUUGCAGAGUGGGAGUUAGUGGUGAUAGUGAUGUUCCUAUAGAGAGUGUCAUGAUGAUUGAGGAAGACCAAUACAUUUUGGAGGCUCAGACUUCAGCCGCUGUUGAAGAAUUAAAACUCUCUGUUCCCUAUCAGUAAGUAAUUUCUCACACCAUAAUAUGUAACUUAAGAACCAAGAUUUAUUACUGCCAAGCAAGUCGAUAUUGAUGGAGAGACUAGAGAUGAGGGCAAUGGAAGUGUUUUAGUUAGGGAUGAUGGUGUUAGAGAUGGAAGAAUUGUUCCGAUGGGCUUCAUAGGGAGGCGAGUGAGGCAUAUAUGUCGUACGCCAUGUCGGUGUUGCUUGGUAGGGCGCUGCCGUAUGUUAGGAUGGUUUGAAGCCUGUUCAUCGAAGGAUUUUGUGAGUUUGCCUGCUGGCCUUUAUGUGUGUGGUUUUAAGUAUGUAAUUUUUGCAUUUGUGUACAAUGUUAGCAGCGUCGUAGCGUGUAAUUGUUGGUAUAUGGAUUUUCAACUUGCUAUUGGCUGAUUGACUCUGUCAUUUGGGAUUUGUGGGGAAAGUGUUGUAUAAGUGUUCUGACUUUAGUUUAUAGAAGGUUACUAUUAGUUUAUCUUGAUCAAGUUCAGUUUAAUAGUAAGUUUCUAAAGAAAAAAUUAAUAGGAAAGCAGUUGUAGUGCUACCAAAGACUGUUUUUGGCCGAGAUAGCUGUGGAAUGUUCUUUGGAAGACAAUGCUAAACAGACUCUAGCACUCAAGGGCAAAAUUUUGAUCUUCAUAAACUGAUACAAAAUUUUAAAUUUAAGGAUAUUUAUGUAGGUCGUGCUCAAGAGAAAACCGAUGCUUAAAAUAGAACCAUAUAUACAACCACUAAGUUUUCAUGUGCAGUUAACCGUAACUAAUACUAAAAAUAAGUAAUGAUUCUAAGGGUUCUCUCCCUAAUGGAUCUCUAUGGAACAUGACCCUAUUUAUGUAUCUGAUUUUAACUUACCAGUUACUUGAUCUUAUGAGUAAUAAAAUGUUAGGAAUAAAUGAACAAAAAGUAUAACACCACAAAAAUAAAAUCUUAAAGAUAGUUGGUUGAGCAGAAGAGGUAGUAGAUAUGUUUAUAUAAUGAUUUUAUUAUUUCUGAUAACUACAGCUAGCUGGGGGUUAUCAGACUCUUGGGCUAUAUUGGUUAUGCAGGAGAGAUACAGUUCAAAAUUUGAUAUAAAAUCUUAUAUUUAUAUAAAGGAGGAUCCCAGCAAGCUGACGUGGCGCCUUCCAAAACUCAUAUUCUACUUUUCCUCAAUUUCUAGGAUCCUUCUCUGUUUUUCCUUAAUUUAUAAAAUUUUGUUGUUUGUUAGUUUUGAAAUGUUGGACUUGCUGUUUGUUAGUUUUGAAAUGUUGGCCUUCCCUGUAGAAAUUGAAAGGCCUCACUAUCCAAUUAUUUAAUGUUACUGCAUCGGUUAAAUAUUUGUAAAGACUGAGACUGAGAUAUUUGAACUCACAUCUCAAAGCUUAGAUCGACAAAGCUUUGUAUCUUCUUCCGGUCAGAACGAUUCUGGUGCUGAAGGCUGCGAUUUCGCGUUCUAUGAUAUUCUCUGCUCUUGCGGUGUUACGUCAAUCAGGAAAAUUUCAACGACGUCUACUGCGUCCACUCCUCUAUCAUGUCGGUGCCAAUUCUUCUGAGCUUAGAUCGACAAAGCUUUGUAUCUUCUUCCGGUCAGAACGAUUCUGGUGCUGAAGGCUGCGAUUUCGCGUUCUAUGAUAUUCUCUGCUCUUGCGGUGUUACGUCAAUCAGGAAAAUUUCAACGACGUCUACUGCGUCCACUCCUCUAUCAUGUCGGUGCCAAUUCUUCUGAGAUUGCAGGCUCUGAGAACACAACCACUUUUUCCGGAUGGUGAUGGGUGUCCCUUCUGGAGGUUAAAUUGUUAUCCCGGAGAAUCAAAUAUCCUGGUUCAAGAUUCAAUCGUCUUUGGUGAGAAAUGGAUAACCUUCGACAAUGAGCAGGAGAAGGUGGUCGAAAAGCAUCUCUCUCCGCCAGAUUCACAGACUCAGUUGCUGACAAUUCUGUCCGAAUGGAAUGGCGUGAUCAAGUCAGUGUCAAGCACACUGGUUGGACUGAGCCCAGAAUUUGAACCAGCUCUAUAUAGAUUAUGCUUGCGCUUAUGAUUCCGAAAUUGAUCAAGAUUACAAUCACCAGAUACUUCCACAAUGAGGCUGUAGCAUUCAUCAACCCUUUCCUGUUCCAAGUGACAACCAAAUCAAUCAGUUCGUCAGAUUUAACAACUGGUGAUCAGUAGUAGAAUAGAGUGCAAGAGACUAUUGUUGUAAAUAAAUCUUGCUUGGUUUCAGUAUAUCCAUAAGCUGAGCCUAAUAGUCUAUCACAUUACAAGGAUCAACUUCCUUGAUAACACAGAAAUUAUUGCAGUUGCUAUCACGGGAGGGAA